AUGAAUCUGUUUGCGCCAAUUGUAAAUCUAACCACCGAUCUCCCCACCAGCCACGCCAAUGAGAGCAGCUUUUUGCUCUCCAGCAAUUUGUACAACGAAACAUUCAAUAACAGCAGCGCUCUUCUGGAGCAACGUUUUGUCAAUAGUACGGACAUUGGCUACUUCGACAACUAUAUCAAUAGCAGCAGCGAGAAUGCGCUCAACCAACUAAUCAACAAUAUCAGCACCAAUAUAUAUGACUUCAGUAAACAAUUACUGACCACAGUCAUCAAUGCAAAUGCAAAUGUUAACGCUAUACCCGCCGCCACCAACACAUUGCACAUCCUACCGCCGGUGGCACCACCGACAACCAGCGCGUACAAUACCACCAGUUAUGCUAAUAGUUUUGGCAGUGAAAAUGUGGCAAACCACAAUGUGUCAUUUCCUCUGCCUCAAUGGCAGUUUAAUGCCACAAAUCUAUCGUCAACGAUUGUCGACGAAGGUGCGGGCAGAGCUGAGAGCAGUGUACUCGAUUGGGCUGCAGUAAGCGUGAAGGAUGUGAGUAAGGCUGCUGAUUCUUGGGUGCCAAAUAGACAAACCAUUUACAAUAAUUUCGAUGAGGAGGAUUUUGAUGGCAUGGGGCCAUGUCAUCCGGAUAAUCCGAAUUUCAAUUGCACACAGACUGAAUUUGUGAAGUUUUUGCUGGGACCGCAAACAUUGCCGCUAUACAAAGUGCUGUUG